CGUUCGCCUUGACGGAUGAGAUGAAGGCGGCACGCUCGGGGGACGGGAUAUUGUAGUGUUGGUACACAUGUGUUGGCACUGGUGGGCUUGUGGACUAUUUUGUCCAGAGUUUGGGGGGAAUAUCGGUGAUUGUAUCACGAUGCAACAAGGAACGGGGUUGGUCACCGACUGCGAUGUCGGCACAUGGGGGGUACUGGUUUGGGAAGUGGUUCUAGUCGCGUUUUACCUGCGAGCCGGACACUUGGCAUUUUGUCUCUAGAGCGAAGGGCCUUAAUUGUUAAACGUCUCGUUGGAGGUCGGCUAUUGGUGUUCGGCAUUGUCUUAGACUGGGGUGGGCGCUUUGCGUCUACAUCUUUCUUAGGGCCGUUUUAAUCAUGGCUGACUUUUCCAAAUUUCCGAAUUCCAUAAAUUUGCAAGUCAUCGAAAACUUUGGAAUGGUAGCUUCCAAAUUUUUGGAGAGUUUCCAAAGUUAUUGCCUUCGAACUCGCCGCGCAAAGUUUCCAAAUUUGGGAACAUUCCAAAUACUUGACAAGAAGGUGCUGUGUUUAUAACGGCCCUGAGUAUUGCUUUCUGGUAGCUCGUUCCUGACGUUGCGUGGUGCUUCUGGCGGGUUAUUGUGUGUUCGGAGUGUCGAUUGGCAUGAUGUUGGAUGCCGUGCAUAAUGUUGGAUGCUGUGCAGAUCACUGCUGGUUGUACUGCUGUCGAAAAUCAUCGGGGGGGGGGGAUGUGAUACCAUGAUUCCCGCCGCAGUACAUCAAGCACUGCUACUGCUGACACGAGGUUUUGGUAUUUGAUGUUUGGAUUUAGGUUUCUUCUUGUACCACAAAUAUUUUGCUUUUGAGGGUCUUGAUUUGGUUUAUGUGUUCUGAGGGGAUGCCCCGGAAGGAAGGGUGACUGUUGACUACCUGUUCAUGUUUAGAUCUCCGCAGUAAGUCGUAGGUUUUCCGUUGUGUUUCCGUACACAUUGGGUUUUUACUUCGUCUUGACUGUACUGCAUAUAUUUCUGUGUAUUUUGGAGAAAGGAUUUGAUUUAACCUUUACGGACCUCGAGACACUAUUACGAAGGAAAAUGAGUUUGACAUCGACAGGUUCAGGGGAGGCCCCACAACUAUGCUUUGUGGGGUUUGAUUGGAUGGCAAUAGCCUUGUCGCCAUUUUACCUUGUGAUAGUUGAAAGAGUUUCCUAAAUCAUAUCGAGUACCGAGUAGGGGGGCUAGUUGGGGGUACUGAGCACUCGAUUCGGAUCUGCGGAGAUCUACGGGAUUUUCGUGUAUCAUCGUGAUGAAUGUGUGUUUGUAGAGGGGCGAUCCCCCUUCUGCGUGCACGCGCUAGCAUGCCCUGCGCACUCGUUAACGAUAUAAGGUCUUGAGUCAAUCGUCUCUUCUUUGCUUCUGACAACAAGUUGCUCGCCCCAAACAUGAUAUGCCUCUCCGGAUUGAAGCCAAAUACAGUGGGUGGCCCGAUGAAGUGCCGGUUGCCGUUAUAGUGCCGGUGUUUUCGGCUCGCACACACUGGAAUACCAAGUCGUUCUGUACUUCGAAUAGUGUCGGUGUCCGGUUUAGUGCCGGUGAAUUUUCUCUGCACAUACCGGCACUAUGUCGGGCCACCCACUGUAUAGUUCAAAAACGAGGAAAUGCACCCCCCGGGGCAUGCGUUGCAGUGUACGUCCCCCCCUUACACACACCUUGCUUGUGCACCGUGAUCUGACCUGCAGGGUGUACCGAAGGCUGAGCAGCGCGUAACGUGCAGUGCCAGCUGCACGUAGAUGUGAGCUUCGUCGAGGGGCGAUGGGUACAGGUCCAAAUCUUGCGGUGUGAUCUUUUUGUGCCAGGCGAGGUCAGCAGAGGGAUGAAGAAAUGCUGUCGCGGGCGGCGUGCAUGUCGGACGGCGUUGAAACUCGGCACACAGCAGUCGUGUGGACAGUGUUAGCGUUGGCUGUCCAAGUUUCGCGGACGUUCGUGAGCAGGAUGUGGAGUUAUCGAUGCGGCAAAAAUAUCGUGUGCCGUACUGUGGGCGCAAUUUGACGCGAAAACCGACCGAAACGGUGUUCGUUGCCUUGUUCGCUCGCCUCGCCACCGUCCUUGCCGAGACGUGCGCAGCACGCCUACUUUGUCCUGGUGCAUGAGCCAGCGGCCACCAUCGGGCUGUAUCUUGCUCGGUUGUGGAGAACGCCGUGGCGAAAAAAUGCAAGGGGUGACCCAAGAGGGGGGCCUCGGGAUUUGUACUUUUUCGCUGCGCUGCGUGCGGUGAAACGCUCGGCGUGCUGGUGAGGGCUAGGGUGUGCGCAGGGAGGGCCGCGAACCUCGUUGUCGUGGCGUUGUCGAGGCGCUGUUGAGCUCAGAGAAAUCAGCUGCGGCGAUGAAGAGCAAAA